GGUCUCCAACAAUGGACUCAUCAGAGCUCCGGCGUGUCUUCCAAAUGUUCGACCAUAACGGUGACGGCUGCAUUUCCAAAAAAGAGCUAAACCACUCCCUCUGCAAGCUCGGCAUUGACAUCCCCGAGACCGACCUCGCUGCCAUGAUCGACAAGAUUGACGUCAAUGGCGACGGCUGUGUAGACCUUGAUGAGUUCACCACAUUGUACAAGAGCUCAUGGAUGAUCAUGAAGAGGGAUGAAGAGGAGGACAUGAGAGAGGCAUUCAACGUGUUUGAUCAAAAUGGUGAUGGUUUUAUCACUGAGGAGGAGUUGAGGUCUGUUUUGGCAUCACUUGGGUUGAAGCAAGGCAGGACUGUGGAGGAUUGCAGGAGGAUGAUAAGGAAAGUGGAUGUUGAUGGAGAUGGGAUGGUGAAUUUUAAGGAGUUUAAGCAGAUGAUGAGAGGUGGUGGUUUUUCUGCUUUGACUAAUUGA